CAAACCGAAACGACCUUCGAACAAAAAGUGACCUUGAGGAAGGAAUCGGCUGACUGUAUCAUUUUCGGAAACAAGUCAGAACUAAGAAUUCGCAACAUUCAGUAUUAUAACCACAUACGAAACUUUUCCUUGGCUAUCUCUGAGGCAUUUGCAUUAUGAAAAUUCGUCCCGCUUUAAUUUUGACUGCUUUAGCAUCCUCCCAACUGCAAUCUCCGAUUUUCGAUGAGACUUCAAAUAAACCUUCAUCGUAUGAAUAUCAGUACCAUCGACAGCCACCACCGCUUAUUGUAGAAUAUAGAAACCGUGCAAGAAACAUGGUGUGCAGAUUUAAGGAAAAGAUGGGUUGUCCAGGUAUUUCUGUUUGCGUUUCCCUAUCAGGAAAUAUUAUUUAUCAAGAAGGUAUUGGUUACGCCAACGUUGAACACAUGGUACCAGUUAAAGCAGAUACAGUUUUUCGGAUUGCUAGUAUUAGUAAGCCAUUUACUUCAUUAUUAGUUGGAAGAUUGUUGGAUCAGGGCAAGUUGGACCUCGAUGAGGACAUUCGUACUUAUUUACCUGAAUUUCCUGAGAAAAUGGUCGACAAUAAAUACGCCAAAAUUACCAUUCGAACGUUGCUAAAUCAUACAAGUGGUAUUCGUAGUUAUAAGAAGAAUACUGAUAAGAACAAAGAACUGGACUAUCCAGAAAUGUUAAGUAACGUGCGUUUCGAAGAUACGAUGAAUGCGUGCGAUAUGUUUAAAAAUGAUCCUUUAGUGCAUACACCUGGUGUUCAAUUCACUUAUAGUACAUUUGCAUUUACAUUAUUAUCAGCUGUUAUUGAAAAAGUAUGUUUGCUGAAAGGUGAUUUAUUUGAACGUUCAUCUCCAACCGUUAAAAUGGAGUUGAAUACAUCUGAUAAUGAUAAUAAGGGGAACAAGGGAAAAAAAUCAAAUAAUCUUCCGAAAUGGGCAAGAUUUGAUACUCAUUUAUCAAGGCUUUUUCAGUAUCUUAGUUUGAGCAAUACAAGUUUAGAAUAUCCUGAAGAAAUAACAUCUUCAAGAGCUGGUCAAUACCGUCGUUCAGAGAAAGGCGUGCUCACAAAUACUCCAACGAUUGACAAUUCGUACAAAUGGGCUGGUGGAGGAAUCCUUUCUACAGCCAUUGAUUUAGUUCGUUUUGCUGACCAUUUAGCAUUCAUUUAUAUGGGAUGGCUUGACUCCUAUGGUAUUGUAAAACGGUCUACUCUAAGCCAGUUAUGGGAAGUGUCAUGUGUACCUCCAGAUCAAAAAACACUGCCUGGAUUAGGUUGGUUUUUAGCCAGACGUUCAGGUGAUCCAGCCACUGUGAAAACCGACUAUCCAGAUCGAUUAUUUGCACUGCACACUGGGGGUGCAGUAGGUGGUACGACUGUUCUACUGAUCAGUGUACCUCUUCUAAAAGAUGAAGUAAAACACCUGAACAGUACAAAGAUUAAUUCAUCUAUUGAAAAUGAUAAUGCCAAAAAUAUUGAUCGAAAGUAUCCUACAGAUAUUAGACUGAAAUCAGCAGAUAUUCCACCAAUUAGUGUAGCUAUUUUAACUAAUUUGGAAAAUGUAUCAGGUAUCUCUGGAUUGGCUAUUCAAUUGUCUGAAUUGUUUUUAGAUUAUGCUUUACAGGAGUUAGUUGAUUAGACAAAAAUAUGCCCUGUAAUAUAUGGUUGUCUUAUUUGUGUUGGUGUUUCCUUUUCUUUUGCAUUAUUCUCACUUUACUGUAUCUUACUGUGAUUCACAAUAAUGUUUACUUUGUGAUUGUAUAAUAGUGCUAUUUGUAAUAAUAACACUAAGGUAUUUUUUAAAUAAACACGAUCUCUAACCUUGAGUGUAUAUUUAACGUCAUUUGGCAAUGUAUCGACCAUUUCCUCUUAAUUCUUUCUCUCUGACACUUUGAUUUAUUGUUAUUUUUAAACAAUUUUUUAUAGGCGUUUUAUUAUUUUUAACAGUCUAAUUUAUUUAUCAACGUUUAAUACUGUGUAAUUCUUUUUGUGCACAAUGAAAUAUAUAUGAUUAAAAUAUGUAUUCAUCUUGCAAAAUUUACUGAAUAAAGACGAAUACCAUAUUUAAAAGACAUUUUGCCUAUUUAGUGUGAUUAACGUAUUAUUUCUUUGCAAUACUUAGUUCAAUACUUUUGUAGAUCUGAUCUGCUUUAAAAAAACGGUUUCAAUC